AUGCACGCGAGAGACUGGUUUUUGGUGUUUAUUGCGGUGUUUGUCCCCCCGGUGGCCGUGUGGUUCAAGAGAGGGCUUGGGUCGAAGGAUUUCUGGAUUAACCUGUUGCUGUUUUUGCUCGGGUUCUUCCCAGGGUUGAUACACGCCCUGUACAUCAUUUCGUGUCAUCCGUACAGCGAGGAGGGCCGCAUCAGAGUUCCAGACACAGAAGCGGGGAACGCGGGUGAUGCCAACGAAGGUUACGGGACGAUGGCUUGA